AUGAGCCUCCAUCCCCCGCCAAAUCGCCUGAUGGCGCCGCGAAAGCACGGCAAAGUCAUCUUGACCCCGCCAUCGCAGGGCGAAAUCUUGGAAGACGAGCACCAGGACGACGACGAAAACACCUGGUCGCCCUUGCAGACUGCCGCGCGGGGCGGUGAAUACGAUGCAUUUUGUGCGCUGCUUGAAGCGAGCAGCGAUAAUGGCGCAAGUGCCAGUAGUAGUAAUAGCAAGAAGGACCUUGUUAACGAACCCCCGCAUGGCUGGUACGGCCAGACUGCUCUGCAGGCCGCAUGCGCCAAUGGAGACCUGCGCAUUGUCAACGUGUUGCUCGACGCAGGCGCGGACAUUGAUGCGCCUGGCGGAAACAACGGUGGCCGCACUGCGCUCACCGUCGCUGCGCUGGAGGGUCAUUACGAUGUUGUAAAGCGGCUCAUUGAGGCCGGGGCCAAUAUCAACGUCCGCCCGCAUCGAUACAUGGGCCGAACGCCUCUCCAAGCUGCCGCCGAGGGUGGCCAUUUCGAGGUUGUGACAUUACUGCUUGACAGCGGGGCAGAUAUUAAUGCGUUGGCCGCACACAACAAUGGCCGAACAGCUUUGACAGCCGCUUCGUUGGCCGGACACGCAGAGUUGGUCCAGCUAUUGCUGGACAAAGGGGCCGAUGUGAACCCACCGUUGAUGAGGUACAAGAGCUUGACACCACUUCAGGCAGCUGCCUUUGGCGGACAUUUGGACAAUGCACAGACGCUGGUCGCUGCCGGAGCAGAUGUCAAUGCCGACGGAUGCUACUAUAACGGAUACACAGCGUUAGGUGCAGCUGCAGAGCAGGGACAUGCUGAUAUUGUUGAGUGGCUGCUCGAAGCCGGAGCCGAUGUGAGGCAGACUGCCGGAAACAAGGGCUGGACGGCAUACCAAAUGGCCUACUUUGUUGCACACGAAGAAAUAGCUACGAGACUAUGGAAGCUAGAGAGAGAAGCACGGCGUGCAGAAGCCGGAAGCCAUUGA